GUGAAUGACCAGUUUUAUGUGAGUGGCAAAGAGCAAGGUGGGCUUGUAUGUGUAUAUGCGUGAAAUAUAGGAGAAUUUUAUUUGUGGUGUUCGCUUAAACAUAAUACAAAAAUAAAAUUAAAAAUAUAAUUAUAAUUAGUUAGAUAUGUCUUACCUUGCCAGUUUUAAUAAUGACAGCGCAAAACAAAUACUUAUGGACAUAAUACGCACAGUAAAUCAGCCGGAGAAUUCUAAAAAACUUUCUGAAGCAAAAGCGUCAGCAGGCAAAGAAAUGAUUCUUAUGAUGCAGCACGUUUUCCCAUUGGUAAUGCAGCUGCAGUUAGAGGUAAUCAAGGUGCACGGCUUUCCCGGAAAUCGAGAGGGUCUCGUCCAAUUCUCGCAGCUCAUACGCGAAAUGGAGCGCGACGACAUGGAAAUAGCACGCCUGCGCAGCCAGAUACGAGCAAUUUACUUGCCACCUAUAGCUAUUAACACUACCAACGAUAUACUCAUCUGAAUGGUCUAUUCUAAGCACAUUAAAGACUGCAAUAGUAUUAAGUAUAACAAUGUUUUGUAAAUUGUAUUUCGGGCUGAUGUACACACUUUUUAUUUUUACAUCGGUGAACUAACGCUAAAGCUGGGCUCUGACGUGCCACGGAUAUCUGGCAUAAUGCAAUAAUCCAGUACAAUUUAUAUUAAAUACAAAUUAUUUAGUCAGUUAUCUGGUACAUCUGAUGUCAGCCUAAGUAACAUGGCAUAUCUUUUAAAUAAACAAGAAAUAAAGAUUUAUGCUGUUGCAAUAACUUAGAAAAUGUUUUUUGUUCAU